UUUUAAGCCUUUAAGCCUCUCAAUGACUUUCUUUUGCGCCAAACACAGCCUUCUCUGCUCAACCAAACCUUAUCCCUCUCUCGAACCCUCUGCCACAUCUCGUACGCAGCGAAGAAGGAAGGUGGAGUGAAGGAUGAACGGAGACGAAUCGUACGGUUCCUUAGAGACUCAGUACAUACGGAGACAUCACAAACAUGAACCCAGGGAGAACCAGUGUACUUCCGCCCUUGUCAAGCACAUACGAGCUCCCGUUCACCUUGUGUGGUCUCUUGUUAGAAGGUUUGAUCAACCUCAGAAGUACAAACCUUUUGUAAGCAGAUGUAUCAUGCAGGGAGACCUAGGUAUUGGGAGCGUUAGAGAAGUGAAUGUUAAAUCGGGCCUUCCUGCUACGACUAGUACUGAGAGGUUGGAACAACUUGACGAUGAGGAACACAUUCUUAGCAUCAAGAUUGUUGGUGGCGACCACAGACUCCGGAACUAUUCCUCUAUAAUCACAGUCCAUCCAGAGAUCAUUGACGGAAGACCUGGAACAAUGGUGAUUGAAUCAUUUGUGGUAGACGUACCUGAUGGUAACACCAGGGAUGAAACUUGUUACUUUGUGGAGGCUUUGAUCAGAUGCAAUCUGAGCUCCUUGGCUGAUGUCUCCGAGAGGAUGGCUGUGCAGGGCCGGACUGAUCCCAUCAACCAUUAAGUAGGUCUAUGGGAGAACAAGGUCGGUUUAUGCAACUAGACGAUCUGUGGCUUUCUAAUCCCAGAUCAGGUGUAGAGAUUGGUUGGAGUAUUCCUUCCACGUUCUCAGAAGUUUUGGGUGUGGGUUGCUGCCAAUUUGUAUUUCAAUAUCAAGGACGCCUUUCUCCUACCGUCCCUUCUGCAUCUGUAGCUCUGUGUAAUCUACUUGAGAGCAGCUGAGUUUCUCUUCUUCAGUUUUUGCGAGAUGAGAUUCCGAGUUUCAUGAACAUCGGAGGAUGGGAGCGGGAAAAGUUCCUUGUUCUCUGCUGUUCUUCUGGACUAUCUGCAUGGUGGUGUGUUGCUAGGGCUAUUUGUAAAUAUUUAUGUUGGAAACAAGAAGAAAAGCAAAAAAAAAAAAGGGAACUGCAACCUUUGCUGUUUCUUGUACUGGUAGGAAAAGACCCCGCUUUGUAGCUGCUGCCUUGAUGCUCUUAUCUCUUCUCUUGUAUAAGUUGUUUAGUAUUUUUUGUUUGCAAGUUGAUUUAUUCACAAUUUCCCUCCCUGUUUUUGAAUUUAUGUUUAGGACACUUUUAUCGAAUGGACUCUACUUAAGGCGUGAUGCACUUUGCUUUGAGGAAGUGCAAAGAUAUGCUGAUGCUCA